CUACAUCCCCCAGAAGGCACCGGGGCCAGCCAUCAGACUUGUGCAGUAGCCUUCGUUGAAAAGUGCUAUGACAACAGGGCGAAGAUGGCUUGGAGUUAGGCGGGACCCGGGAGGUGUCCCUUCCGCUGCUGCUGUCCUUUCUCUGCUACAUCUCACUCACUGCCUCCUCCUUCAUCACGUCCUCUUCUUUGUGAGCUGCAGCUUUUGCCGUUGUUCUUGCUUGCCUGGUCUCUUCCGAGGGGUCGAUGCCGUUUUCCCCGCCUGUCUCGGGGGUGACAGAGAAGGGAUGCAGAGGAGCUCCUUGGGGUGAUCUCUUCAACUCUGUGGAGCUGGCAGUGCUCUUUGCCUGGGACGUGGAACGAGUUUAAGCCGGAGAACCAGAAGGAGUAGCGAAGUUAGGGUUGCUUUUCUCUGCACUCUCCGCUCCCGCUCUCGUCGUUCCCCAGGACCCUGGCUGGCAUCCUUAAAGGGAAAUCUGCGGAAAGAGAGUUCGAAGAAAGGUGGGGCAGGACCCACCUGAUUCGGCAUCAGAGUGAACAAAGAUGUCCUUAUUUAAGGCCCGUGAUUGGUGGUCUACUGUUCUGGGAGAGAAAGAAGAAUUUGAUCAAGGCUGUUUGUGUUUGGCUGAUGUUGACAAUACAGGAAAUGGACAAGAUAAAAUAAUUGUGGGUAGCUUUAUGGGAUACCUGCGAAUCUUCAACCCCCACCCUGUAAAAACAGGAGAUGGGGCUCAAGCUGAAGAUUUGCUUCUAGAAGUUCAUCUACAAGAUCCAAUACUGCAAGUGGAAGUAGGAAAAUUUGUUUCAGGUACUGAAAUGCUUCAUUUGGCUGUGCUGCAUUCUAGAAAACUUUGUGUCUACUCAGUUUCAGGAACCUUGGGUAAUGUGGAACAUGGGAACCAAUAUCAGAUCAAAUUGAUGUAUGAACAUAAUCUUCAGAGAACGGCCUGCAAUAUGACUUAUGGAUCAUUUGGUGGUGUAAAAGGUCGAGAUUUGAUUUGCAUCCAGUCCAUGGAUGGGAUCCUGAUGGUGUUCGAGCAGGAGAGCUAUGCUUUUGGGAGGUUCCUCCCCGGUUCUCUUCUGCCCGGCCCUCUUGCCUACAGUUCCCGGACAGAUUCCUUCAUUACCGUCUCUUCCUGCCGGCACGUGGAAAGUUACAAGUACCAAGUACUUGCUUUUGCAACAGAUGCAGAUAAGAGACAGGAGACCGAACAGCAGAAACUUGGUUCUGGAAAAAGACUUGUUGUAGAUUGGACUUUAAACAUUGGAGAACAAGCCCUUGAUAUAAGUAUUAUGUCUUUCAAUCAGUCAGCAUCUUCUGUUUUUGUUCUUGGUGAAAGAAACUUUUUUUGCCUGAAGGAUAAUGGACAGAUUCAGUUCAUGAAGAAACUUGAUUAUAGCCCAAGUUGUUUUCUCCCAUACUGCUCAGUUUCUGAAGGGACAGUAAACACUCUGAUUGGAAACCAUCACUGCAUGCUGCAUGUUUUUCAGGACGUGACACUGAAGUGGGCCACGCAGCUCCCCCACGUCCCUGUGGCUGUGAGAGUGGGCUCUCUACAUGAUUUAAAGGGAGUGAUUGUCACUCUGAGUGAUGAUGGUCACUUGCAGUGUUCAUACCUGGGGACAGACCCUUCUUUGUUCCAAGCUCCGAAGGUUGAAUCUAGAGAACUAAACUAUGAUGCACUUGACAUAGAGUUGAAAGAACUUCAGAAAAUCAUCAGAGAUGUUAACAAAUCACAAGGUGUCUGGCCCGUGACUGAGAGGGAAGAUGACUUGAAAAUUUCUGUCUUGGUUUCUCCUAACUUGGACUCUGUGUCUCAAGCUCCUGACGCUGAAGUGGGAACUGACCUCGUCCCUUCAGUCACAGUGAAGGUUGCACUGCAGACCCGCGUGGCCGUACAAGGAGCCAAGUUAUCCGUCUAUGUGCCACUACCUCUAGUCCUGUCAUGUGACCGGUUCACUUUUGAGUUGAUGGCACCAGAGACGACUAGAACAGUAGCCUUUUCUGUUUAUCUGAAAGGAAGUUUUGUGCCACCUGAGUUGGAAGGAAGUGCUGUUGUUUCCUAUUCCAGACCAACAGAUCGAAAUCCUGAAGGCAUUCCUCGAGUUAGCCAAUGUAAAUUUAGGCUUCCCCUGAAAUUAGUCUGCCUACCAGGUCAACCUUCAAAAAUCGCAAGCCACAAACUGACUGUUGAUACCAACAAAUCUCCAGUCAGCCUUCUCAGUCUCUUUCCAGGCUUUGCCAAUCAGUCAGAAGAUGAUCAGGUGAAUGUAAUGGGUUUUCGCUUCUUAGGAGGUUCCCAAGUUACUCUUCUUGCUUCCAAAACUUCUCAGCGAUAUCGAAUUCAGAGUGAACAAUUUGAAGAUCUUUGGCUCAUAACCAAUGAGCUUAUAAUCCGCCUUCAAGACUACUUUGAAAAGCAGGGAAUCAAAGACUUCACAUGUUCUUUUUCUGGAUCCAUGCCCCUUCAAGAAUAUUUCGAGUUGAUCGAUCAUCAUUUCGAGCUGCGGCUAAAUGGUGAAAAAUUAGAAGAACUCUUAUCUGAAAGAGCUGUCCAGUUUCGCGCCAUUCAACGCCGGCUGUUAACAAGGUUCAAAGACAAAACACCUGCCCCCCUCCAGCACCUGGACACCUUGCUGGAUGGAACUUACAAGCAGAUAAUCGCUCUAGCAGACGCGAUCGAGGAAAACCAAGACAGCCUGUUCCAGUCUCUCACCAGGCUGAAGAGUGCCACCCAUCUGAUGAUCCUGCUGAUCGGACUAUGGCAGAAGCUCAGUGCGGACCAGGUGGCGAUUCUGGAGGCUGCGUUUCUGCCGCUGCAGCAGGACACUCAGGAGUUGGGCUGGGAAGAGACAGUGGAUGCUGCCGUCUCCUAUCUCUUGAAGACCUGCCUUUCGAAGAGUUCCAAGGAGCAGGCUUUGAACCUCGGCAGCCAGUUGACCAAACCCAAAGACACGGGCCGACUGAAGAAGCACAUCACCUUGCUUUGCGACAGACUGGCCAAAGGUGGGCGUCUCUGCCUGAGCGCAGACACGGCUGCCCCGCCGACCAUGGUCAUGCCAGGUGGCUGUGCCCCGAUCCCAGAGUCAGACCUGGAGGAAAGGGCAGUAGAACAAGACUCCGCCGAGCUGUUUACCAGCCACCAGCACCUCGUGGCAGAGACACCUGUGCCUGAAGUCUCACCCCUCCAGGGAAUCUCGGAAUAGUCCCAGCAGACUUGUCCAGUUGAAGGGAAGCUGGCUGUCCCAGGGCGGACCCCGCGGUGACCCUGUGCUGAGCAGAGGUGCAGGGCCGGCCGGGGGCUCCAUGGGGCUCACCUGCCUGGAGAGGACUUGACGUGGAGGAGGGGCCGGAUGCUGUACUUCUCUGGGAGGGCUGCGGUAUCACAAGCAGGUCGGCUGGAACUUGUCUUACCAGGAAAGGGUGUUGCUGCUUUUUGGUCACCCAUGUGUUUGCGGCCUGAGUUGACAUCUUUCGGGGACAGACUUUAUAAUGCAGAGACCUAGAUCCAAAAUAAUUUGAUACCCAUUAUUUUUCAGAAUUCUUAUAUAGUUCCUGUAUGAAGUUUAAUAAAGCAUCUCA